GAUGAAUCUGGGUUUGUUCUUUCCGACCCACCCGACUGUGGGUGUAUUUACCGAACUACCCCUUCACUUUAUAGAACGGACGGUAUUUUAUCUGACGGGAAAGAGCAUGAACAGAACAGAAGUAACAGACGGUAAGAGCGGAAGCACAGUGAGAAAGUGAAAUCCGAAAUAUCCACAAGAAAUUGAAGAAGAAUAGGCUUAAUGCUCUGCCUUGUUCGCUCUUUGCUGCGGAUCCUGUAAACCCUAAUAUUGGGUUGUACUAACGAUCUCUAAAUAUUGAUUCACUGGAAAUAUCUGUAGUUAGUUUGAUUGGUGAUUUGGUGAACCAUGGCAUAUGUAAAGGUUGUCAACAGAUCGGCUACGGCUGCAUUCGCUCCGGAAGGUACGUAUGUGGCUGCUGGGACGAUGGCUGGGGCGGUGGAUCUGUCGUUCAGCUCGUCGGCCAACCUCGACAUUUUCAAGCUCGACUUCGGAUCAGAUGAUCAGCAGCUCAUCUCAGUUGGCUCGGUUUCCAGCUCCGAGCGCUUCAAUCGUUUGUCUUGGGGGAAGGCUCUUCCCAAUUCCGAGGAGUUCUCUCUCGGGAUCAUCGCUGGUGGACUUGUUGAUGGCAACAUUGGGCUGUGGAAUCCGAGGAAUAUGCUCUCCUCCGGUGCGAAUCAUACGGGUGGUGCUGAUGCUACUGCAAAUGCUUUUAUUGGUCCUCACCUUUCAAAGCAUAGUGGGCCAGUACAUGGUUUGGAGUUUAAUUCUUUUACUCCAAACCUCCUUGCUUCUGGUGCUGAUGAAGGUGAAAUCUGCAUAUGGGACAUUUCACAUCCCGCUGAACCAACCCAUUUUCCUCCUCUGAAGGGUAGUGGUUCAUCAACUCAAGGGGAAAUUUCAUAUAUAUCCUGGAACAACAAAGUUCAACAUGUAUUGGCUUCCACAUCAUUAAAUGGGACAACAGUGGUUUGGGAUCUUAGGAAGCAGAAGCCAGUCAUAAGUUUUGCGGAUUCUGUUAGAAGACGGUGCUCUGUUUUGCAGUGGCAUCCUGAUUUUACUACUCAGCUUAUUGUAGCCUCUGACGAAGAUAGUUCUCCUUCUCUGAGGAUGUGGGAUAUGAGGAAUGUUAUGUCUCCAGUGAAAGAGUUUUUAGGACAUACCAAGGGUGUCAUUGCAAUGUCUUGGUGUCCAAUGGAUAGCUCCUAUUUGCUUACUUGUGCAAAAGACAAUCGCACUAUAUGCUGGGAUGUUCUUUCGGGUGAGAUUGUGUCUGAACUGCCAGCAGGAACUAAUUGGAAUUUUGAUGUGCACUGGUACUCAAAGUGUCCAGGUCUUAUAUUAGCAUCAUCAUUUGAUGGAAAGAUGGGGAUGUAUAAUAUUGAGGGUUGUGGUCGAUAUGUUGCCCCAGAGGGUUCCUCUACUGCAGUUUAUUUAAGAGCUCCAAGAUGGUACAGACGUAAAGCUGGAGUUUCUUUUGGUUUUGGAGGAAAGCUUGUCUCCUUUCAUUCGACUAACACUAAAGAUGAACCAUCAGAGGUAUAUGUGCAAAAGGUAGACACCGAACAUGGGUUGGCAAGUCGGUCUUCUGUCUUUGAAGCUGCACUUCAGAAUGGGGAGAGAUCUUCACUUAGGCUUCUGUGCGAAACAAAAUCUCAGGAAUCAGAAUCUCUCGAUGAAAGAGAAACAUGGGGCUUCCUGAGGGUUAUGUUUGAAGAUGAUGGGACUGCAAGGACAAAACUGCUUUCACACCUUGGUUUCAGCGUGCCUGUGGAAAAAGAGAACAAUGUGGAGAAUGAGAUCUCUGAGCAAGUAUCUGCGUUUGGUUUUGGUGAAGGUCUUGCUGGUAAAGAGGGGGAUAAUGUGAAGAAAGAUACCAUGAUGCAACUUAUCGACAAUGGGGAGGAUUUCUUUAACAACCUUCCAAGUCCCAGAGUGGAUACUCCAUCAUCAUCUGCAAAUAACUUUGAUACUAAUGAAGCUGCUUUGGGCUGGGAUGAGGCUCCAGAUAUUAAUGGAUCAGAUCACAGUGACACAUCAUUUGAUGAUGCUGUUCAGCGUGUCUUGGUUGUUGGGGACUAUAAGGCUGCUGUCUCACUGUGCAUAUCUGCUAAUAAAAUGGCUGAUGCAUUAGUUAUUGCGCAUGUUGGCGGCACUUCCCUAUGGGAAAAUACUCGUGAUAAGUACCUGAAGACAAGCCGUUCUUCUUACCUGAAGAUCGUUACUGCAAUGGUUAACAAUGAUCUCAAAAGCCUUGUGAACACCAGGCCAUUGAAAUCCUGGAAAGAAACACUUGUCCUCCUUUGCACUUUUGCUCAGCAAGAUGAAUGGACUUUUUUGUGUGACACACUUGCUUCAAGACUCCUUGCUGCUGGUGAAACACUUCCAGCAACCCUUUGUUAUAUAUGUGCUGGGAAUAUUGACAAAACAAUCGAGAUAUGGUCAAGAACUCUGGCAGACAAGAACGAUCAGAAAUCAUACGUUGACCUUCUUCAGGAUUUGAUGGAAAAGACUAUAGUAUUUGCUUUGGCCACUGGGCAGAAGCGGUUUAGUGCUACUCUGUACAAGCUUGUUGAGAAGUAUGUUGAAAUAUUAACAAGUCAGGGUCUUCUAGCUACAGCUAUGGAGUUCUUAAAACUUCUGGGGACUGAAGAACUGUCCCCAGAACUGGUAAUAUUACGAGAGCGAAUCUCUCUUGCUACUGAACCAGAUAAUGGCUCAUUGAAUUCUAUGGAUUUUGGUAGUUCUGGCAUGGUUGAUCCGUCUUACCAGUAUUACCCAGAACCACCAUCGCAACACACAAGUAUUCCUAGCAGCCCUUAUGCUGGGAGUUAUCAACCCACUCCUGGUCCUUCAUACAAGGGAUAUGUUGCUCCUGCCCCUUACCAAAAUGCUCCACCACAAACAAUCCAACAACCGAACAUAUUUGUUCCGACACCUGCUCCUCACAUCCCACAGGGCAGUGUUGCACCACCACCUGUUUAUGCUCAGCCUUCUGUGAAACCAUUCAGCCCAACAACCCCCCCUGCUUUGAAACAUGUUGAGCAAUAUCAGCAGCCAACUUUGGGUUCCCAGUUGUAUCCUGGCUCGGGUCAAAGUAGUUACCCAUCUGGCCCUCCAGGGCCUGCGGCAUAUGGCUUUAACCCAUCUCCAGCACAAACUUUUGGACAGAAGAUGCCCCCGGUCAUUGCACCUUCUUCCUCAAGCUCUAGAGGAUUUACUCCAGUCCCUGGCCCUGCAAUUCAAAGGCCCAGUAUGAGUCCAAUGCAACCUCCAAGCCCUAAUCAAGCACCAGUAAUCCAUCCAGUAGCUCCUGCUGCUGCUCCACCCACAGUGCAGACAGUCGACACUUCUAAUGUCCCUGUGGAGCAUAAGGCUGUUGUUACCACUUUGACAAGACUCUUCAAUGAGACAUCUGAAGCAUUGGGAGGGUCAAGGGCAAAUCCAGCUAAGAAACGUGAGAUUGAAGAUAAUUCGAAGAGGUUAGGGGCGUUAUUUGCUAAGCUCAACAGAAAAGAUAUAUCUACGAGUGCUGCAGAAAAGCUUGUACAGCUCUGUCGAGCAUUGGACAACCGUGACUUUGGUACUGCCCUUCAGAUUCAGGUGCAACUAACCACCAGUGAUUGGGACGAGUGCGACUUUUGGCUAGCAACGCUGAAGCGAAUGAUCAAAACGAGGCAAAGCUUCAGGUAGAAGUGAUGUGCUCCAGCCUCAAAUAUGAUCUAGAGUAGUUUUCUUUUAAACUUUUCUAAAUGGUCGGUUUAAGUUUGUUUGCAUGAUUUGUAACCAUCAGGGCGUUUCUUUUGUCAUCAGCUUUUUUUAGCUUUUAGCGCAAUUUCUGUCUCCUUCCCUUUUAGUGUUUUCAGUUUUAAAGAGGUUGGAAUAUAUACAGUUCACACAUAUGGUUGCUGCUGAUUAUAUUUUUUAUUCACCAUCAAAAUGGUAAAUAGAAAACCCACGACUACUUUCUUAUGUUUUUUAAUUCAUACAAGUACUUCUGCUGUAAUUCUUGACAGACGUUCAAUUUAUGAGCUAAAUAAAUGUUAGGA